AUUGAAUGUGCCGCUUAUAAUCCUGAACCGUACCUCUCUGGCGAAACGGAGUCAGAUUCCUGUGCCAUGGAACAUGGUUUUCUUUGGAUUGGCAGUUGUACUAAUCAGAUGGGCCAGAUUGCAAUAGUCUCAUUUCAAAGUUCCAGCCCCAAGGUUAUUGAGUGCUUCAAUGUGGAAUCACGGAUUCUCUGCAUGGUCUACAUACCAGAGGAGGAGAAACUGAAAGAGCAAAAUAAGGCUCUCGACUCUGAAAAUGUUCUUGGAAAAGCUUCGAAUGUGCCUACUAUUUGCCUUGGCAUGGAAGAAGGAAGCAUUUCUAUUUACAAAAGUUGCCAAGGCUCAAAGAAAAUUCGACUUCAGCACUUCUUCACUCCUGAAAAAUCAACUGUUAUGAGCUUAACAUAUAUGUCUCAGUACUUGUUUGCUGGCUUAGUAAAUGGAAACAUCUCAAUCUACACAAAAGCAGAAGAUGGGACGUGGAACACCGAACCUCAGAAGAUAGUUAAACUGGGGGUUCUGCCUGUUAGAAGUCUGCUUGUGAUGGAGGAGACCAUUUGGGCUGCAUGUGGUGGACAAAUUUUUAUAAUCAGCACGGUGACACAUUCCAUAGAGAGCCAUUUUGAAGCCCAUCAAGAGGAAGGGAUGGUAAUCUCUCACAUGGCUGUUGCUGGAGUGGGGAUCUGGAUUGCCUUCACGUCUGGAUCUACACUUCGCCUGUUCCACACUGAGACACUGAAACACCUCCAGGAUAUUAACAUUGCCACACCUGUUCACAAUAUGUUGCCAGGGCAGCAGCGUGUUUCUGUGACCAGCCUCCUCGUGUGCCAUGGUUUAUUGCUGGUUGGAACAAACCUGGGUAUAAUAGUAGCAUUGCCAGUGCCACGCUUGCAGGGGAUUCCCAAAGUAACCGGAAGAGGAAUGGUGUCGUAUCAUGCACACAAUGGCCCAGUCAAGUUUCUUGUAACGGCUACAUCUAUAAACAAGAAGAACAGAAACAAAUUGAGGAACAGCCUGCCUCUUGGCUCAGAACCUAAAGACGACGACCAAAAGAACGUUCUGCACAAUGAAAGGCCAGGCUCUUCCCUUAGUAACAGCCACGACACUGCAAUUUGGCUGGGGGGUUCGGUAGGAUCCAUUGCACAAAAAAGUGACUUGUCAUCAUCUUCUGGAUCCCUUACUCUGUCUCACGGAUCAAGUUCCCUAGAACACAGGCCAGAGGACAGUAACAUUUAUGAGCUUUUGAAGGAUCAAAAUAUCUCAUGUAAAAGUAAAAGACAGAGAUCCAAGAAAAUGAAAGCCAGUUCAGUAUUAGUUAUUUCUGGUGGCCAAGGACACAGAAGAGUGAACAAGAAGACCAAGCAGCAGCGACAAGAUGAACUAGUGUCUUCAGUGAUGGUCUGGCAAAUCCCACUAUUAAAUAUCUAA